UAAAUAAAAUAACGCAAUAUGUGUUGUUGAUUUCUGUACAAAAACAAAAUAGAUUUUCCAGUUGAAAUAUUCAUUCUGAAACGAAUUAAAUCUGCUUUAGGAUUGAUAUACUACAACUCCCAGUUAUUUUCUGUAAGCAGGAAAUAUAGAGUCUAACUUUCAACCAAUCAAAAGGUUUCCCAUUAGUUACCACAGCCACAAAGUAAAAAUUGGCUAUAUCGUAAAAAAAUCAUGGAAACAAGUGGCUUUUUGAUGUUAAUGUAAGGUUAGUGUUAUGUAUAAAUUAGCAGUGUGGUUAACGUUAGUUUUAAAAUCAGAUUUUAAGAAAAUAAAUUGUAGAAAUGGGCGGGGUUUAUGACUUUGUGACUGUAAUAAUGACCAAUAAAAGCUUGGAGGUUUGCAUGAGCUUGUUGUUAGCAAGCUAACCCUGUGAAAAACUUCCGUGAGGCCAAUUUGUAACCUACGCGUUGUAAUUAAAGAAAUGGAGACCACACCGAAGACAACCAAAUCAAAACCUGUGUACGGCACACCCUGUUAUUUAAAAUCAAGCCCAUGUGAAUCCAGUAGUGUGCAAAAGCCAAAACAGCAGAUGAGUUCUUCUCUGAAGGAACGACUGAAAAGAUCAAAACGUUCCUUCACCUCUCCUGUUUCCGUGGCCAAACGUCUUAACAUCGAUGAUGACCAACUUCCCUCAACAGCAGACAAAGAGACCGAGCAUGGUGCCAAAACAGACAGACCGAAGAAUAUUGACAUCAACAGAAAUGAGAUCACGCCCAGUGAAUGUCCAGAGACUAGAAGGCCUGGGGUCCCUGGCCCCAUGCCUGAAUCGGCUCAACCCACUCAUAUAGAUUUGCUACAACUACGAGACCAAUUGAAGAGAGAGGUUAAAGAAAGGACCGAGAGACUACGGCGACUGAAGAUGGUUAAAAUGUACAGAAGCAAGAAUGACCUGACACAGUUGAGAGUUUUGAUUGACAAGUGGCGGAGUUGUAGUCAGGCUGCAUUGUAUGAGCUCCAGUCAGAUCUCCCCAUAGAUGGCAGGAAAGCCAGCAUCUCCCAGCUAAUUGACCUCUUUGGUGUAGAGGACAGCAUACUGCACUUUAACCGCACAGAAGAGGACUUCACCAAUGCAUAGACCCACAUGCCUUCUGUUCAUAUUGUCAAAAAUAAUAUUAAUUGUUGAUAUCAGAUUUAUCAUGCAGAUUUCCUGCCUUUGUUGAAUAAUCUCGAUUCAAUCUUAUGUACUGGAUGUUUUUCACCCUAAAUUUACUAUGAUCCACAAGUAAUUUGAGUGAAAAAACAACAUUAAUUUGCCACUUCAUCAGUUUAAUUUCAUACUGUUACCUACCAUAGUAAUGUAUAUUAGUUCUAUAUUUAAACAUGAAAAUCAGUUUGAUGUUUUGUUAAUUUAUAAAAAAUAAAGUGUUUCCUAAAUGUGUCAGUUAUGUUUUAGCUGAGCGAGAGCGGGGAAGGACUUCAUCCUCAUGCGUUCCACCUCUGCCCUGAGGGUAGCCACCUCCUCAGCCUGGGCCCUGGCUAGCUCCACCAGCUUCUUCCUCUGGAUGAUCUCCUGGUACCUCUCCUCUGCAUCACUCUCAUGGUUCUCCUCCAUGGCUGAGCAGAGCAGCAAAUGGCAUCACAGUUCAUUAGAUGAUUCAGUGGAAGUGUUAUAGGAAAUGAGGCAUCAAGGGGCAAGUUAGGGGUUAAAAACAACAAUGCAACGGAACAAUAUCCACCAUGUACACAGUGAUGCCAAUAAAGCUCCUGAUAACAUCA